AUGACAAAUUUGCAGGCUUUUGCAAACUGUGUCAGCAUCACAUCAGUCAUUUUCGAACCAUGUCAGGAAGAUUGCCAGGGGUUAACCCCUGGCAAAAUGUAUGUGUUCAAGCAUUUUGAGAAAAAUGGUGAAUUCUUCUGCUUUGCCGGACAACUAAAUCAAGCUGUUAUGGGCAUGUUCAAUCUAUAUAGAGCUUCUCAAGUGCUAUUUCAAGAAGAGAAUAUUCUUGAGGAUGCGAAGAGUUUCUCGAGCAAAUAUUUAACAAAGAAGCGUGUUGCUAAUGAGCUCUUAGAUAAAUGGAUCAUAACCAAAGAUUUAUCUGGCGAGGUGGGUUAUGCUCUAGAUGUGCCAUGGUAUGCUAGCUUACCGAGAUUGGAGACAAGAUUUUACCUUGAACAAUAUGGUGGCGAAAAUGAUGUUUGGAUUGGUAAGACCCUUUACAGGAUGCCGUACGUGAACAAUGAUGUUUAUCUUGAGCUUGCAAAGUUAGAUUACAACUAUUGUCAAGCAAUGCAUUAUGAUGAAUGGGAAGAAAUCCAAAGUGGCAAAGGUGGUUCUCAAUGGCACGAUGAAGGAAACAAAUCCAAAAGAGAAGCUGAAUUACUUGUGGAAAUCAUAAAUUUAACCGCGGGAAAUUGGACAAAAGAUGUACAUCUCAAUCCAGAGUACAAUAAACUACUUGAUGUCACAAACAUAAUCUGCACUGGCCUCCGUAAUUUCCAAAGCAUUAGGUUAAUAAUGAAUACUAGUUUUAUGCUUAGAAGUGCAUGUUUGGACCGACAAUCAGUUUUCAGAGUCAUAGUUUGCGACCGUAGAUUUGGCCAAAAUUAUAUUUUGGAACUUUAACAAAAUCAAUGUGUUACCAUGAUUUUGCCAAACUCGCUGUAAUUACAAAAAUGCACUAAGAUUCAGAAAGAUAC